AUGGUGCUGGCUGAUCUGGGACGACGUCUGAAUCAGGCGUUCUCCGAUCUGCAAAGGCAGCCGAUCGUCGAUGAGGCAUCGAUUGAUCUGCUCCUGAAAAAUGUGUGUGGUGCGCUCCUUGCGAGUGAUGUGAAUGUCAAGUUGGUGCAGAAACUGCGCCAGGAUGUGAAGGAGGAGGUGCGUGGUAUCCUUAACGACAAGGACAAGGGAGAAAACCUAUCGGAUGCGCAACGAAAGCACCAAGUGCAGAAGAUUGUGUUUGACUACCUGGUCAAGCUGGUGGACCCGGGGGAAGGCUCCACGACACACCGCUUGGACAAGGGCCAGCAGAACGUCAUUAUGUUUGUGGGUCUGCAAGGUUCAGGUAAGACUACGUCAUGUACGAAGCUGGCAUUGUGGUACCAGAAGCGUGGCUACAAAACCGGUCUCGUGUGUGCGGAUACCUUCCGUGCUGGUGCGUUUGACCAGCUGAAACAAAAUGCCGCGAAGGCGAACAUUCCCUUCUAUGGCUCAUACACAGAAACGGACCCUGUGGCCAUUGCCUCGGCUGGUGUGGCAUCGUUCAAGAAGAAUCGCUUCGAUAUUAUCAUUGUCGAUACAUCUGGUCGUCACAAGCAAGAAAAGGAUCUGUUUGACGAAAUGAUUGACAUCAGCAAGGCAGUCAAGCCCACACAAACCAUCAUGGUCCUCGAUGCGAGUAUAGGUCAAGCUGCGGAAGCGCAGUGCCGUGCCUUUAAGGAGGCAGCAGACUACGGUGCGCUCUUUGUGACCAAGCUGGAUGGCCAUGCCAAGGGUGGUGGUGCGAUCUCGGCCGUGGCGUCGACCAAGACGCCGAUCAUUUUCAUCGGUACAGGUGAGCACAUUCAUGACUUGGAGCCGUUCCGUGCACGCCCCUUUAUAUCAAAGUUGCUAGGCAUGGGCGAUCUGUCAGGUCUUAUGGACAAGAUUGAGGAGGUGCAGAUGAACACAGAUGUCCAGCAGCGCCAGAAGGAUAUGAUGAAGAAGAUCCAGGAAGGCGGUCACUUUACGAUCCGUGAUUGGCGCGAGCAGAUUACCAACAUUAUGAACAUGGGCCCUAUGUCGAAGCUGGCCGGUAUGAUCCCUGGCGUCGGCCAAAUGCUGGGCGACGAUGCGAACGAUGCGCUAGCCAGUAACAAGUUCAAGAUGAUGCUGUACAUUAUCGACAGCAUGACACCGGCGGAACUCGACUCUGACGGCAGCUGCUUCCUGACGACCUUGCCCACGCCCCCCGCCAAGGAAGGCGAGCCUAAGCCCAAGCCCAAAGUGCGGCUCAAUGCGCGUGCGCUGCGUGUGGCGCGUGGUAGCGGGACGAGUGUGCGGGACGUGGAAGAGUUCUUAAUGCAGUACCGCACGAUUGCGUCCAUGGCGAAGAAGGUAGGCGGCAAGGCCAACUGGAUGCAGCAGAUGCAGGGCGGCCGCGGCGGCCGUCCGAUGCUUCCGCCAGGUAUGUCGCGUGAGCAGGCUAUGAAGAUGCAGAAUGCCUUGCCCCCGGAGAUCAAGGCGCAGUUGCGGCAGCCUGGCGGUCGUGAGCAGCUCAUGCGUCAGAUUCAAAGCGGCAACAUUCCACCAUCGCUGGCGGCCAUGGGCGGUAUGCCAGGCCUCGGCGGUAUGCCAGGUCUAGGUGGCGGUGGUAUGCCAGACAUGGCGCAAAUGCAGCAGAUGAUGCAAAACAUGGGCGGCUUGGGCGGUAUGAUGCAGCGCAUGAUGGGCGGCGGCGGCGGCGCGUGA